AUCAACCAUCAGUGCAGAGAGCACCAUGGCAGAGCAGGUAGCCCUGAGUCGGACCCAGGUGUGCGGGAUCCUGCGGGAAGAGCUGUACCAGGGUGAUGCCUUCCACCAGGCUGAUACACAUAUAUUCAUCAUCAUGGGUGCAUCGGGCGACCUUGCCAAGAAGAAAAUCUACCCCACCAUCUGGUGGCUGUUCCGUGAUGGCCUUCUACCCGAAGACACCUUCAUCGUGGGCUAUGCUCGCUCCCGUCUCACAGUGGAUGACAUCCGUAAGCAGAGUGAGCCCUUCUUCAGAGCCACCCCAGAGGAGAGGCCCAAGCUGGAGGAGUUCUUCACCCGCAAUUCCUAUGUGGCCGGCCAGUAUGACGACCCAGCCUCCUUCAAGCGCCUGAACAGCCAUAUGAACGCCCUUCACCAGGGGCCACAGGCCAACCGGCUUUUCUACCUGGCCUUGCCUCCCACAGUUUAUGAGGCUGUCACCAAGAACAUCCAUGAGACCUGCAUGAGCCAGACAGGCUGGAAUCGCAUUAUUGUGGAGAAGCCCUUCGGGAGAGAUCUACAGAGCUCUGACCAGCUGUCCAACCACAUCUCUUCCCUGUUCCGUGAGGACCAGAUCUAUCGCAUUGACCACUACCUGGGCAAGGAGAUGGUUCAGAACCUCAUGGUGCUGAGAUUUGCCAACAGGAUCUUUGGCCCCAUCUGGAACCGGGACAACAUUGCCUGUGUGAUCCUCACCUUCAAAGAGCCCUUUGGCACUGAGGGCCGUGGGGGCUACUUUGAUGAAUUUGGGAUUAUCCGGGAUGUGAUGCAGAACCACCUUCUGCAGAUGCUGUGUCUGGUGGCCAUGGAGAAGCCUGCCUCCACUGACUCAGAUGAUGUCCGUGAUGAGAAGGUCAAGGUAUUGAAAUGUAUCUCAGAGGUGCAGGCUGACAACGUGGUCCUGGGCCAGUACGUGGGGAACCCCAGUGGAGAGGGUGAGGCCACCAAAGGGUACCUGGAUGACCCCACAGUGCCCCAUGGGUCCACCACUGCUACCUUUGCAGCUGUUGUCCUCUAUGUGGAGAAUGAGCGGUGGGAUGGGGUGCCCUUCAUCCUGCGCUGUGGCAAAGCCCUGAAUGAGCGCAAGGCCGAGGUGAGGCUGCAGUUCCGCGAUGUGGCCGGUGACAUCUUCCACCAGCAGUGUAAGCGCAAUGAGCUGGUGAUCCGAGUGCAGCCAAAUGAAGCCGUGUACACCAAGAUGAUGACCAAGAAGCCUGGCAUGUUCUUCAACCCUGAGGAAUCAGAGCUGGACCUGACUUACGGCAACAGAUACAAGAACGUGAAGCUUCCUGAUGCCUAUGAGCGCCUCAUUCUGGACGUCUUCUGUGGGAGCCAGAUGCACUUUGUGCGCAGCGAUGAGCUCCGGGAGGCCUGGCGGAUCUUCACACCACUGCUGCACAGGAUUGAGCGAGAGAAGCCCCAACCCAUCCCUUACACAUAUGGCAGCCGAGGCCCUGUGGAGGCAGAUGAGCUGAUGAAGAGAGUGGGCUUCCAGUAUGAGGGCACCUACAAGUGGGUGAACCCCCACAAGCUCUGAGACCCAGGCACCCACUCCCACCCUACCCCAUCUGCCCCCUGUGUUUGUCCUUCCCACCACCCGACCUCACCUCAGGAGAACCCCAUGAUGGGAAGACUUCGGGACCAUAGGCCUAACAUUCCUCAGCCCCAGGCUUGGGCCACCACCAUCUUUCCCUUGCUGCUGAUGCUACUGCUUUUGCUACCAUUGUGACCGCCGCCGCCGCUAACAUCAGUACCCCUCCCUGGGCCCAGCUACAUUCUUCAACCAUUAAGCACCAAUGACACGCAUCAUGACUGUCCUGAGCCAGUGCCGGCCCUGUCUGAGCCACCAAUCUCUCCAUGGAACCUGAGUCACUUCCUCCCUUUACUCCAACCUCCAGAGAAGAAGAGUGGCCCAUCAGUGUGUCCCAGGACUUCUCAGGACAAAAUGUUAGGGACAAUGGGCCAUAGUGGGGCAGUGGCCAAAUCACACUCCCCAGUGGCUAUGAGUAAGCUCCUCUGAACUUGAGGAAGUGACCAAGUGCAUCCAUGUGAGAUCCCAUGGGCACACUAGCCUCAAUGCCAGUUGACAUUCCUGGUCACCAGGUAGAAGGGACCUCACGCUGCCCAGCAGGGUCUUGUUCUCCCAGAUGUCCCUUCUUAAGAAUUCUGCACUCCGUGGAAAGGCAGAAGCAGCAGCUGAGAGUCCCCUCAACCCCUGCCAUUAAAUCCUCAAACAGCC